AAGGCCACACUGACGCUCAACGACACAUCAGUGGCUAAUGUAUGCGCUACAAACAAGCCACAUGAGACUCAAAUGCAUAAGACAGACAGGCACAGGACAAAGCUGGGAAAUACAUGUCAGAAAUUGUGCCCCCUGAAGUGAGACCUAAACCUGCCGUCCCAGCUAAGCCCUCUCAUGUGGCACCGCCUUCCAGCGCUCCCUUUGUGCCUUCACCCCAGGGAACAGGGGGAGAAGGUCAAGGGUCGGGUCGGGGAUCUGCAUUGCUUGGAUACAUCGGCAUAGACACCAUCAUCGAGCAGAUGCGGAAGAAGACCAUGAAGGCAGGCUUUGACUUCAACAUCAUGGUUGUUGGUCAGAGUGGUCUUGGGAAGUCCACGUUAGUGAAUACACUUUUUAAGUCCCAGGUUAGCAGGAGAAGCACAAGCUGGAGUCGUGAUGAGAAGAUUCCAAAGACUGUUGAGAUUAAAUCUGUGUCUCAUGUGAUCGAGGAAGGAGGAGUGAAGAUGAAGUUAACAGUCGUUGACACGCCAGGAUUCGGGGACCAAAUAAACAAUGAUAAUUGCUGGGAGCCAAUAUCCAAACAUAUCAAUGAACAGUAUGAGAAAUUUUUGAAGGAAGAAGUCAACAUUGCCCGCAAGAAACGCAUCCCAGAUACCAGAGUGCACUGCUGCUUGUAUUUCAUAUCCCCUACUGGACAUUCGCUUCGCCAGUUGGACAUCGAGUUCAUGAAACAUCUGAGUCGAGUGGUCAACAUCAUCCCUGUCAUAGCCAAAUCAGACACACUCACUCCCGAAGAAAAAACGGAAUUUAAGCAGAGAGUGAGGAAGGAGCUGGAAGUGUGUGGGAUCGAAUGUUAUCCACAGAAAGAGUUUGAUGAAGACAUGGAGGAUAAAAGUGAUAACGAUAAGAUCAGGGAGACAAUGCCCUUUGCCGUGGUAGGAAGUGAUAAAGAGUAUCAGGUCAAUGGCAAACGAGUUUUAGGAAGAAAGACGGCCUGGGGAGUUGUGGAGGUCGAAAACCCAAAUCACUGCGAAUUUUCCUUACUUCGGGAUUUUAUGAUUAGGUCUCACCUCCAGGACCUGAAGGAGGUCACUCAUAACAUCCACUACGAGACGUACCGUGCCAAGAGGCUCAAUGAUAAUGGAGGUCUGCAUCCCAUCUCAUCUUCUGGCCACGAUACACAAGAAAGCAACCUGUGAAGAAAAGAAAAACUAACCAAAAUCGAGCAGGAUAGAAAGAUUCAUCUUUUAAUAAGUCAGCUGUGCAUGCUCAGAAGAUUUCAUCGCUGUGGAGGUUUUGUCUUUACACUCCUUUUAACCCUUCGUGGAACUUGCCAUCAUUUCUUGUCGCACAAUAUUUGAAAAGUAGAAAAAGCCUUCCCCUUGCUCACUGUGCUCAGUUUAGUGAGCGUGGUUGCUUGUGAUAAUCGUGUGCAGGUCUUGUAUGAAGGUGAAUAGUCUUGUGCACAUGCGUUCAUAAAUGGAAACCGUCCAUUUUAGGUAUUUCACUUCCUCUACUAGAAAACCUCUGUCAGACACGUUUGAGCAGUUUAGUAUAGUUUGAAAGGGGAUUGCACUGCCACUGCAGUCUGCAGCUUUCUUAACGGGCCUUAUUUAUUAAAACAUUCAGCACACUUUUAGUACUUAUUGCCAAUUCAAUACACUCAAGUUAUGAGUAAGCCUACUAAAUCCUAACACUAAACGUAUUUUAAUAAGUGUUGAAUCUGUUUGGCCAGAUAAUGGCGCAGCAGUGUUUCUCUAUUUGUUAGUUUUGCUGUGUAAUUCUGCCAAAGCCAGUCUCAGAGGACGCUGAAGUGACCAUUUAAGUAUAUAUUCUUACAGAUCAUUUCAAACAUGUUAAACAUAUGCCACAAUUUACACUGGCUAGUGUGAUUAGUGGCCAAUUAAAGAAACUGAAAGAACACUGAUUAAAAAAUAAUCAGUGCCUUUUACAAAAUAAGAGUUGUAGUUUUGAAGUUUUUCUUCAGUACAUUUUGUAUGAAAACCCCAUGAGUGUUUGUUAGUGUGAAUGAGUGUUAAUCUUUCUCAACAUUACGAUCAAUUGUAAAGGUGAUUUCUGUCUCUUCUGUGGUGUACUUUUUAAUUUCCAGCGUGUGCCAAUAUUUCCAGUUCUGUUAAUGUGUUAGGUAAUUUUACAUUCCAUCUCACUCUAUCACUCUCAUAAUCUCUGCACAGAAUGAUAGAUUAUGUCAUUCAACUUUUUCACAUCGCAUUUAAUUAACCGUGGUGUUGAACAAUAAAACACCUCUGAACAAUUAUUAUGAAACAUUAUUUAUAUUGUAUUUAAGUUUUAUUUAUUGCGAUACUUAUGUUUUAAUUUAAUAAACAUGUUUGCCAUAA